AUGUUUUUUAGGUGGACGUUAGUCGUUCCUGUCUUAAUGAGAGUUGUACAAGCUCUGCUAUCACUUCUGGCGGGUGUAACGACGGCUUUGGAGUUGGAUCUGACAGUUGAUAUACCGCCUGGUAAAUUCCAGUGCUUCUUCCAGCCUGUUGAUGUUAACAAACAUAAGACGAUGGAAAUUGAUUACCAGGUUGUAGACGGUGGUGACCUCAAUAUUAACUUUGUUCUUCUAUUGGAAUCUAAUAAGUUAUAUGAGGAUAUUUUGAAGACUGAUGGUACUCACAGAGUCAAUCUUCAAGUAGGGGGAGACUAUCAAAUUUGCUUCGACAAUAGCUUUAGUUACCAAUCUCGCAAGAUUGUUUUCUUCGAAAUUUUCUUACUGGAUGAAAAGGGAGAAGCUGAUGAACGAGAUGUGUUGAAAGUAGGAGUAGGAGAUGGCAAUGCUAAUUUGGAAACACUAGGUAUUCCAAUUGCAGGAUUCUUCGACGCUACCAAUCGUAUAAAAUCACAACUCAAUAAAGUCGAGUACUACCAGGCUGUUCUACGAGCUCACGAAGCUCGUGACCGUGCUGUAAUGACAGCGAAUUUCGAUCGCGUCACUCUUUGGAGUUGUAUACACACUAUUGUGAUGAUUUCGGUUGGUGUAUUACAGGUGUUUUUGUUGAGAAGUUUAUUUGAAGACAACUCUAAAGUUGGAAGUCUUUUGAGGAAGGGUAAAAUAGGGUAUAGAUUUUAG